GCCGCCGCCGUCAGGGAAGAAGAGGAGGAGGAGGAGGAAGAGGAGGAAGAAGCCCGAGGACCAGGAGGAGGAAGAGGAGGAGGAGGAAGACGGAGCGGCGGCGGCCCCGGGAGUCCAGCCCCAGCCCGACCUACACGGACAGGAACAGGAACCGCGCCGGAUCUGGGCCCCAGGCAUGGAGCUGCGGGAGGAAGACUGGUCCCCAGAGCCCCUGGACUCCUCGGAGCAGCAGAUGGCCAGCCGCGAGCACCCGGUGGACAUCCUCCUCCUGGACGAUGAUGAGGAUGAGCCCAGCUGGCCCCCCUCCCAAGCCUCCCCGCCGCCACCUCCCAUCCCUCCCUCUGGGCCUGGGGGCCGGCCACGCCCACCGGCCCCCUAUAUCUGCAACGAGUGUGGCAAGAGCUUCAGCCACUGGUCGAAGCUGACCCGCCACCAGCGCACGCACACAGGCGAGCGGCCCAACGCCUGCACCGACUGUGGGAAGACCUUCUCCCAGAGCUCCCACCUGGUCCAGCACCGGCGCAUCCACACGGGCGAGAAGCCCUACGCCUGCUCCGAGUGUGGCAAGCGCUUCAGCUGGAGCUCCAACCUCAUGCAGCAUCAGCGCAUCCACACGGGCGAGAAGCCCUACGCCUGCCCCGAGUGUGGGCGCAGUUUCACUCAGAGCAAGAGCCUCGCCAAGCACCGGCGCUCCCACAGCGGCCUCAAGCCUUUUGUGUGCCCUCGCUGCGGCCGGGGCUUCAGCCAGGCCAAGAGCCUGGCCCGCCAUCUGCGGCUGCACCCUGAGCUGGCUGCUGAGGGCAAGGCGGCUGCCCGCAGAGCCAGAGCUGCCGUGGUGGCCGAGGUGGAAGCCGAAGUGGCCGCCGCUGCUGCCGCCGCCGCCGCUGCAGCAGCAGCAGCUGCUGCCGCCGCCUCCAUGGGGGAAUCCACGGUGGAGGACGGAGACAUGGCUGCCGCCGGGGAUGGUGGCGGGCUGGCUUCGGGCCGAGCUCGGGCAGAGGGGGAGGUGGAGGAGAGGGUGAUUAAGGUGGAAGUCGGCGCUGGUGGGGUGGUGCCCCGGCCCCGGCGAGCCCCGACUCUCAAGCCUUAUGUGUGCGUGGAGUGUGGCAAAAGCUUCACGCAGGGCUCAGAGCUCCUGGCCCACCAGCGGGCCCAGCAUGGGCUGGGGAGCUGGGAUGGGGAGGAGGAGAAGGAGGGAGAGGACGGGGAGGAGGCCACAGCUGGAGAGGAGCCUGCCCACAUCUGUGUAGAGUGCGGGGAGGGCUUCGGCCAAGGGGCGGCCUUGCGGAGACACAAGAAGACCCACGCUGUGGGGGCACCCCUGGUGUGCCAGGCCUGUGGGCAGAACUACUACGUGGCUGCUGGGGUUGUGGAUGAGGGCCGGUGUAGCGAGUGCCGGGCCCGGUAGGGGCGGCGGGGCCCGGGGGGAAGGGCUCCUCGGGCUGGGAGGGAGAGAGAGAGAGCGCAAUCGAGCCAGACCAUGAGACACUCAGCAGGAGUUAGACAUAGUGAAUGAUGGGUGGCGGGCAGGGGGAGAAAGCGGCACAUUCCCCCACGGUCUGAGAUGGGGAGUUGGGGUCCGUGGGCACGAGGGCUAGAGCCACGGCAGAUCCUCCGGUGCUGUGCCUCCCUCCACCCCGUUCCCCUCCCUGGGCCCAAGAGACAGAGAGAGAGAGACCAAGACAGAGGAUUCCCCCCCGCCCCCAUUAUCUGGGGAACCACGAGGGAAGGGGAGAAAUCUCUCCCCUCCUCCCUGAGCCAAGGGGGGGAGGAAAGAGGAAAAGGAGUUCCUUUUCUCU